AUGAGAGUGGCAAAAAAAUGUCGUCUUGGGUUAGCCUUGUUUUGUUUGGUUACAGCUUUAUUUUUGCAUACAUUAUACAAAUAGUUUCUUCCAUAUUCUGUGGUAUCAAAACAAUCAGUAUCUCAUAAUGUCAAAUUCAAUAGAUAAAGACAUCGUAUCCGUGAUUUUCACCUGUCUGUCUCUCUCUAAUUCCUUCUAGCUGUGGCCCUGGAAUGUUGAGUAGUUGCAAAGGAAAAUAUCUUAAGUAGAAGUUAAUUAUGGGUGAAUUCGAUGUUUGUGGAUAAUUUACUUUACUCAAAGUCUAUUCUUAGCUCUCACGAGAUGGUCUUGGACAGAGCUAUAUACACAACACAACCAUUCACAUGUUGUGUUUACUUUUAAUGCUGUUCUUGGCUUUUUCCUCUGCUCCUUUUUACGCACAAAUCAGUUUCUUUUUCUCUUCUUCCUCUUAUUCAGAGCUCCAGUCAUAUUUAUUGGACUUGGAGUUUCUGUUUUCUUUGUAUUUGAUAUCUGCUCCCAUUGAGUUUUUCUGUCAGUACUGGGAAUUUGGCUUUCUGGGCAUUUGCUAAAUCAGAUGUAUUGAUUCAUAGACCUCAGUCUAUUUGAUUUUUGGUUAAGUUAAGGUAGUGUCCAAUCUGGGUUUUUGUUGAAAAUGAAAUUUUUUGCAGCUUUUGAGCUUUUUGUUGUGUUUAUAGUCUUUGUGCUAUCUGGGUUCGGUUCUUGUAAAGAGUGUACAAACAUUCCUACUCAGCUUUCAUCGCAUAGUUUUCGAUACGAGCUUUUAUCAUCCAAGAAUGAAAGUUGGAGGGAAGAGAUGUUCUCACACUAUCAUUUGACACCAACAGAUGAUUCAGCCUGGUCAAACUUGCUUCCAAGAAAGAUUUUGAAGGAAGAAGAUGAACUUGAAUGGACAAUGAUGUACAGGAAAAUGAAAAACUCAGGUGUUAAUGAUGGUUCAGGGAAUUUUCUCAAGGAAAUAUCUUUGCAUGAUGUGAGAUUGAAUCCUGUUUCGACACAUGGGCUGGCACAGCAAACGAAUUUGGAGUAUCUGUUGAUAUUAGAUGUGGAUAGCUUAGUUUGGAGCUUUAGAAAGACAGCAGGUUUGGCAACUCCUGGAAAUCCAUACGAUGGUUGGGAGGCCCCAGAUAAAGAGCUCCGGGGUCAUUUUGUAGGGCAUUACUUGAGUGCAACAGCACAAAUGUGGGCUAGUACUCACAAUGAUACUCUCAAAGAAAAAAUGUCUGCUGUAGUGUCCUACCUAUCUGAAUGUCAGGAGAAAUUGGGGACUGGAUAUCUUUCUGCUUUUCCAUCUGAGCUAUUUGAUCGUUUUGAGGCCAUCAAACCUGUCUGGGCUCCAUAUUACACCAUUCACAAGAUUCUAGCAGGUCUACUGGAUCAAUAUACAUUAGCUGGUAAUGAUCAAGCUUUCAAAAUGAUGACAUGGAUGGUUGAUUACUUUUACCAGCGUGUUCAGAACGUGGUCUCCCAGCACACAGUAGAAAGACACUACCGGUCACUCAAUGAAGAAACUGGUGGAAUGAACGAUGUUCUAUAUAGGCUGUACAGAAUCACGGCAAAUCCAAAGCAUUUAUUGUUGGCUCACCUGUUUGACAAACCGUGCUUUUUAGGCUUGCUUGCAGUUCAGGCGGAAGACAUAUCUGGUUUUCAUGCUAAUACACAUAUCCCAAUUGUCAUUGGUUCUCAAAUGCGUUAUGAAAUCACUGGUGAUCCAAUUUAUAAGGACAUAGGGACCUUCUUCAUGGAGGUCGUGAACUCGUCUCACAGCUAUGCAACUGGAGGAACAUCAGUCAGUGAGUUCUGGUCUGAUCCCAAAAGAUUGGCAAACACUCUGCAAACUGAGAAUGAAGAAUCAUGUACUACUUACAACAUGCUAAAGGUCUCUCGCCAUCUGUUUAGGUGGACAAAAGAAAUGGCAUAUGCAGACUAUUAUGAGCGGGCUCUUACAAAUGGCGUGCUGAGCAUUCAAAGAGGAGCAGAACCAGGAGUUAUGAUUUACAUGCUACCACAAGGUCGUGGAGUUUCCAAGAGCUCGAGCUACCACGGAUGGGGAAAGCCAUUUGAGUCUUUCUGGUGCUGCUAUGGAACAGGAAUUGAAUCAUUUUCAAAGCUAGGAGAUUCUAUAUAUUUUGAAGAGAAUGGAGGAGUUCCUGGUCUUUAUGUCAUCCAAUACAUACCAAGUUCCAUUAACUGGAAACUAGGACAAGUUGUACUUGAUCAGAAAGUUGAUCAUGUUAACUCAUGGGAUCCUUACCUUCGAGUGACUUUCACAAUUUCUUCAGGAGAGUCAGGAAAAUCAUCAACAUUAAACUUGCGAGUGCCAAGUUGGACGAAAUUGAGUGGCGCCAAGGCAACGUUAAAUGCUAAAGAAAUUUCUCUACCAGCUCCAGGUAAUUUUCUGUCAAUCACUAAGAAUUGGAGCCCUGGUGACGUAGUAACACUUCAGCUACCAAUUACAAUAAGAACAGAUCCCAUUAAAGACGACCGGCCUGAGUACGCUUCAAUACAGGCAAUUCUUUAUGGCCCUUAUCUGCUUGUAGCUCAUAGCAGUGGUGAUUGGGACAUAAAAACUGGAUCAGCUUCAGCUAGCUCUUCUUCAGAUUGGAUAACUCCAAUCCCUUCCUCUUACAAUGAUUAUCUGGUCUGUUUCUCCCAAGACCAUGAAGACUCAACACUCAUCUUAACAAACUCAAACAAUUCAAUCACCAUGGAAAAGCUUCCUGAAUCUGGGACAGAUUCUUCUCUUAAAGCCACUUUCAGACUCAUCUUAACUGACUCACCUUCUUCAGACAUAUCCACAACCAAGGACAUGUUUGGAAAAUCAGUGAUGCUGGAGCCAUUUGAUUUUCCCGGCAUGGUUGUAGUGCAGCAAGGAGAAGAGAACGACCUUACAGUGACAGAUUCCUCCAAUGGCAAAGAUUCUUCAUCACUUUUCCGCAUUGUUUCUGGAUUGGAAGGAAACAGUGAGAUGGUAUCCUUGGAGUCAGAAAGCAAGAAAGGUUGCUUUGUGUAUAGUGUGAGCAAUGAGGCAGGUGGGAGAUUGAAGCUCGGCUGCAACUUGAAGUCAUCAUCAAGUGCUGCAGCCAGCUUUGCCAUGAAUAAAGGACUCACUGAGUAUCAUCCUAUCAGCUUUGUGGCUAAAGGGGCAUCAAGGAAUUUCCUUUUAUCUCCAUUUUUUAGCUUUAGAGAUGAAUCUUACACUGUUUACUUCAACAUUGCAACUUAAAUUAGAUCUUAACAAUAUGACACGAGCCACCUUCAAAUGGAGUAUAAAUUUUCAUUCAUCAGGUAGUUGUUUAUUGAAAGUCCUGAAAUAACUUUGUUAAGAAGUACACAUGAGAAUCAAUUUUAGAUAUUUGAAGCCUCAUUUGUUUUAA